AUGUCUCUCCGAGGUUCAAUAAUCACCACAAAAAAUGCAAUUGUCACCUCUGAAAAAGCCCUUCUGUUAAAUCAUGGAAAAUACCUGCCACCCGUGAAUCUGGUAAAUGAAUAUCCUGAAGAGGAUGCCCUGAGAAUUUGUUACCGUAGGUUUGUUCGCUUGACUCCCUUGGUGUCACAACGUCAAAUGGUACGAACUACUUAUGUUCAUUACCUUCGCUAUAAGUUCAAGUCGGAGAACUACGCGAGAAAAGUGAGCGUUAGUGCAGUAUCGCUCCCAUCGCGCCAGCGCAAUAUUCUGGAUGAGGUAGAAAGAAGCCUCUUAUUCUGCGUAAAGGCAGUCUCGGAUGUGAAAAAGAAGGUUGAGAAUGAAGAGACGACCGCAAAAGAGAUUAGGAUUGCGAGAAGUGUUCUCAAAAAUAUCAUGACAAUGGAAUUUGAAAAAAUGGAGUUGAUUUCGAAAGAUCCCAAACAGAACCAUAAAAAGUUCCGCCAAUCGUUUUCAUACCUAUUGCCCAGCUCCAGAAGUUCACCGCUUGACUUGAGAUUCUCGUCUUUCAAGCACUUUGACGAAUGCCUAAUUUUGUUGAAUGAAACGCUCGGAACGCGUUUGUAA